AUGCGUUCCCUUCUUCAAUUGACAACCUUGAUUUCGUUGGCAAUGGCCGUCUCAGGAGCCAUGAACUGCGCGAGCACAGACGACAGAGGCGGCACACUGGUGUCUCAAAGCGAUAGUGGUGAAUCUCUCCGGUGUGUAUACACCACGGCGGGUACUUGCUCGUACUUCAAGGGCAAUGGAACGUUCUCGUCUGGAGCGUCGACUUGUCCGGACGGCGCAACGGAAUCAGACGAUGAUCCUCCUCCCCCUCCCCCUGCUACCACUCGUCCGACCGCUACUCCUACACCACCACCGCGACCUCCUCCUCCUCCCCCGCCCCCUCCUCCUCCUCCACCACCACCUCCGACUACUACUAUUCGUCCAACCCCCACCCCAUCACCACCUCCGCCUCCACCUCCGCCUCCACCUCCUCCACCGCCUCCACCUCCUCCACCGCCGCCGGCUCCUACCACCACGACUACUCGUCCACCGCCUCCUACCUUUACGAUUAUCCGUCCAGCCACUACCUCAACUCCACCGCCUCCCACCACCACGUCUACACCACCGCCUCCUCCCACCACCACCACGUCAAGCACCCCGCCUCCCGUGCCAACCACCUCCGUCGUCGUCUUGCCUCCUUCGCCCUCUCCUUCCACCACCUCCACGGAGUCGAGAUUCGUGACUAGCACGCUAUCAACCCCGAUCCUCCCGCCCAGCACGUCUACGACCGUCGUCCUCGCCACCGGUACCGAAGCUGCGAAUUCAGGUGCAGCUCCGCUGCCCACGACCAAUAGUAAUAGCGGCCAUAAGACCGCCGCAGUGGGGAUGGGCGUGAACGUCGUGGCGGGGAUUUCGGUGUUCUUGGUGUCGUUCAUGCUAUAA